CUCAAUAAAGCUUAUAUACGUACAUAUGCGUGAAUAAAUAUACGCAUAGACAGAACUUCACGUUACCUUCAAAUCAAAUUAUAACAUGCCACAGAAAUUAUCUACUUGGGAUUAAACACACAGAAUUACAGUCAUUCUCCUCCUUCUUUAUCUCGACGUUUUGGUUAUUUUUGUUGCUGUCGUCAGCUUCAAUGCUGUAACUGUCAGCAGUCGUUGUAGAUUAUUGUGAGGAUCUCGACUAUACGAUUUGAAGAGAAUAAAAUAAAGGGAGGCUGAAUUCAGCGUGCUGAUAUACGUACAUACCGUGUUUUUUCAUCUAUCUGGUUAAAUAUAAGUGAUUUGAUAGAACUACACAUACAGAUAAGUGCAUACAUUUAAUUAUUCAAAUAAGGCCCAUCCCUCAUAUGACUACUAUUCACAACUAACUAAACACUCUUCCGUUCAUUAAUCCCAAUGAUAGAUAAAUAUAUAAAGAUAUACAAUCAUGAAUUCAAUAUGGAUAAGUUUUCGCUCGAAAAAUAAUUUCAUCUCACUGCCUAUACUACUUUUAAUACUGUCAAGUAAACAGUGUUCAGUGAACCACAUUCUUUUUAAUAACACACCUCAAUAGUUUAUAGACAAACUGAUUUCAGCUUUACUUGAUUUGUAAAACACACACACACAAACACAAACAGAAAGGAGAACACAAAAACCUUUUGUUCAUUCUGCAUCGAAGCAAAAACAAAAACGCAUUUGGUCAAUUUUCAUAUAGCUUUCCCUCAGAAUGUAACAGUGUAUGCAAGCCAUCAUGCAAAUCUCAAGACAUUCUCGUAUAAAUAGUGACAGUGACAUAAAUUUUCGGCGCCACUGUAAAUACUAGUCGACUAAUGAAUACAGACGGUGGGCGUUUUGAUUUUGACGACGGUGGGACGUAUAUUGGUAACUGGUAUCAAGGUUCAGCUCAUGGACUUGGUCUAGCUACAGGACCGAAUGGAGUAGGCGAAUAUUCUGGUGAAUGGAAUUUGGGCUUUGAAACGUGUGGAGUCUACUUAUGGCCAAAUGGAAAUAUGUACGCUGGCACAUGGAUCAAAGGCAAACGCCAUGGUGAUGGUGUGCAAGUUAGAGGAAAAUGGAUUUAUCAAGGAGAAUUUAAUGCAGGUUCAUUUGGUCAGUAUGGUGUAAAAACCUCCAUUAACAGUCAGGCAAAAUAUGAAGGCAGCUGGAGUUUAAACAGAUUCGAGGGUUUUGGAAUCGAAACUUGUGCAGAUGGAAGUAUUUACGCUGGAGCUUGGUCAAAAGGAUUUCGUCAUGGUCUUGGUGUUCGCAAAUCAUUUAUUAGUUAUAAAGCAAAUUCAUUCUCUGAUAAUUCAGUGGCUAAUCUUUCACCAACAAAAUGUAGCAAUGAAGAUGUGUUGUGCACCAGCAGUGGAGUUAGUUGUGGCCCUUGUAGCACUUUCCCCACUACUUCCAGUGAUGAGAAUAAAAAGAUUCCCUCCACUAGUCAAUCGCCUGUAACGUCAGAAAAACGGCACAGUUCUACUGCUAAUUUACCGUCAAAUGAAACAACAUCAGUAAGUCGUAAAGCAGUAAUUGGUAGAGCGAUAAUGCGUCGAUUGAAAAAGCAACAUUCUGCUAUCGAGUUGGGCCGUUCAACAACAACUCAGCCUACUACUGUAAAUGGAACAGCGGUUUCUAGUACUCCCAAAACGUCGCCUCCUAGAGUAAAGCAGCCAAUGACAUCAGGUGAAACAUCCCAGCAACAAAGUUCAGGCGGUUGUAUAAAUUCAUCCGGUGGUGAAAAGACUGACCAUCCUGAAGUUGAGAAGGAUAAAGUGAUUAGUGUUGUCGAAAUAUAUGCUGGUGAAUGGUUUCAAGAUCAACGAUCUGGAUAUGGCAUAGCUGAACGCUCCAACGGUUUUGUUUAUAUUGGUGAAUGGACUAGAAACCAAAAACAUGGUUACGGAAUUAUAAUUAACCCAAAUGGUACACGUGAUGAAGGACAAUUUCAAGCAAAUAAUUUAGUUAAUAAAGUAAACCGUAAGAGCAAAUUGCACUUGGUGCGUCAAACAAAACUAAAAGAAUGUGUAGAAGAUGCUCUCUUUCGGGCUGAAGCAGCAGCAAAACAGGCCAAACUAGUAGCCUCUGAAGAAGCAAAAGAAAGAGCGUUAAAAGCGCGUAAAUCCGCUGAAUUAGCAAUGUCUAUCAUUCAGAAAGCUCUCCACUUAUCUGACAAAGCAAGAGAGUUGGCUUUUCAACUUGAUCCCCAGUUUCAUCAACCAGGGGUUGAAUGGAGGAAGAAAUGUCAGUUUGAAAUUAAUACCACAGACGAUACAAACGAAUCGAAACCUUCAACACUGUGUUUAUCAAGUUUAAAUCUAAAUAUAUCAAGUGACACUUCCCCUACAACUUCAAGCGUGUUUCACAGUCAGUCAAAUGUAUCAUCCCGCUUAAACGAUGAAAUCAGUCAUCAGGUUCGGGAACAAGGAUACCAAGAACGACGGCAAGUCACAUCAUCAUCGGCACGUUCUUCCUACAGCACACAAAGUCUAAAAUACCACCAAAAUUAUCGUCAUCCCCAGAUAAGGAGAAAGUUUUUCCGCAAAUUUCUAUCACGUGACUCCACACCAAAUUCAGUCGACCCUCUGGAUGAGUCAUCUACUGAUGCGUUUGAACGUUUCGCUAACUUCAACAAGCCAAAUGUCUAUCGAUUUAUCAAACCGACUGCUGAUGAUGUAGCUGUCGUCUCACCUCUGGUUACAUCUAGUGAACUAAUUCGUCCUUUCUCUGCACCACAUAAAACAUUUAUGAAUGAAUUGAAAGUAGAAAGUUAUUCACCGAGUGACAGAACAAUUUCACCUCUGAAAGAAGUUUCCAAUGAAGACAUGGAACAGAAAGGCACACCAACUGAAAGAAACGUUGAUACAUUUAGUAAACAAAUGAGUUUAUCCGCUGGUGAUCUUGUUGGGCUGUGCAAAGCAUCUAUUGAGCCAUCCUUAAGCAAUUUAGGUAGCUUAUCAUCUUACCGCCAAGAGGUAAAACAGUUAUCGCCCUAUCUAAAGUCAACCAACCCCUGUAGAAGUACUUCUGAAAGGCGUAUUCCCGUCUCCAUAAAUACUGAUGACGCGAAAAUCUCUUCUACCUACUUGACUGCUGUACCUGGCACCACUUCAUCAAAUUCUAUGGAAAGUGUUCCUAGGAAUGAUGCAUCAAAUGAAACAGUGGAUAUAGUUAAAAUUGAAAUUACUGACCAGCCAGUUAGUCAGCUGCAGCCAUCGAGUGCAAGACAAGAGGCAACUGAAAGUCACUUUGUACGUAAAUGUCGAUCUCCACAAAUUGUACAAUCAAAAAGAAUUGGUGCAGGAUAUUUAAAAAAUACCCAGCAUCCUCCAAAGCUGGGUAUGAAUUCCACUCAAGAUUCGGGUUACCUCUCAAUGGAUCCAAGUGAAUCACGUUCAUUUUCAAUACAAACUCUUAACAGAUCUAUGUCAUGUCAAGCACCUGAUGCAAUUGUCGAAUCAGAUGACACUGAUGAACACCAAAUGUUAUCGAAAAAUAUCCGUUCAAAAGUUGAACCUGCGAACCUACCUGUUAAUAUACCUGGAUAUAAACUGUCUGUACAGACAAUGCCUAUGUCUGACCCCACAAAAUUUAACAGGUUAACUCCAGUGAAGUCACCUUAUGAAUCAUCAACGUUUUCACUAUCUCUAUCUCCAAAAGCAAAAAAACUUAAAGUACAAACUGAAGAAAUUCCGUUUAAACCAGUGGCAAGAAGACAAGUGAUAACUGCUAGACGGAAGUUUUCAAAUAGCCCUAGGAGAUGUUACAAAUCGGAUGGUUCUCUCCUGUACGGAGUUUCUCAAAGACCAGAGUCUUAUUCAAGUCAAAGAUAUUGGGUACCAGACGACGCAUCGCUUUAUCCAACUGAACAUUAUGAACAAGAUGAUUUUCGGUUGAGGCAACUUAAACCACAGAUGGACUUUGCCGGACAGUAUUCGUCCCCAUCGAGAAAUACUAAAUUCUUCCACCCAUACAUAGCUGACACUGGUGGAGGUGUCUUUGCCGGUGGUAGUACCCAGGAUGUUGAAAGCGUCAGUGAAAAAUCAGAAUUCAGUUCAGCAACUGUUCGGUCUGCUCCACAUUUUCAAAGUAUGCAUACAGAUUUUCAGUUGAAUGAAUUAGGUCGGUUAAAAUCAAGAGAAUGGCCUAUGGAUAUGCGGAAAGCUUACUGUACACAGCAAAGUAAAUUAGGUCAUUGGGACUACUCAGCUCCGUAUGAUUGUAUUCAGCAUCAGUUGCCAGCAUUUUAUGCUGGUGAUGACGGCACGGGUCCAGUGUUAUAUGAACAGUCUUUGAUUCAAGGGGAUCGUCAUUCAUUGGAUCGCCAUGUAUCACAGAUAUCCAACCAAGCAUUUUUACAAAAUCAAAGAACAAUGAGUGAUCGAUUUACGCGAGCCCAUACAAAACCAUUUACAGCAUAUAAUUCGAGUUGCUUUCAUGGCUGGUGCCAAAUACCAAGGAACAGAAGACUGCAGUAUAUUCCUAACAGAGUCCACAGCGCCUAUGAAGAUUUUGGGAUUUUUGAUAGAGAUCGUUCUAUGCCUACUGUCUACAUGAAACAACAGAAACAGCAACAAGUUCAUCAAACUGGAAUUAAGGAAAAUACUGUGACUGUAAACCCUCAAAUAAUUCAUCUACGGAGGUCUAGUAUAAACAGCCGUCGUUAUAUCAGUAAAAUAGACACCGAUAAAUCUAGUCACCAAACGGACCAUUCUAUGCAUUCAUUUCAUGCGUUACGUCAUGAUAAGUAUUCUCAGCCAACGACAUCAUCACCAAUGACACCUUCAAUGUACUCUGUUUGUACUAGUGCUGUUUGUCCAAGUAAAUAUGUUUCAACACCAUUGACAAGUGCCAGUGCACUAUGGAGUCAAGUGAAAAAUCCUUUCUGUAUGAAUAAAACAUUGCAUACAGGCUCAUGGCAUGAAUUCCCAAAAAGAAUCUUACGAUCCACAUAUCCAUAUUGUAUAACACAUAGUUCAAACUUUCAGCAGUUUCAUCGUCAGCAGAAGACUCCUCAACAAGAACAGUUUAUGUCUAAAUAUUCAACAUUCCCAUUGAAAGUUAACCAAACAAUGAACAGAAAUGAAGUAAAAUAUUCCACACUUCCACCGGAUAAUUCAGUGUUUUUGAGGCGACCUCCUACGGAGACUGGCUUCAAGAAAUUAUUCACACAUGACAAUAUCAGGCAGGAUAAUAUUGAUCUUGAAGGGGAUGAAAAAUGGUUGCGUAAUACUGUACCGUCUGAUGUAAUCAAUGCAUAUCCUAGUAGACAGGAUCAUUUCGAUGGAGGAGUAGACUAUGAUGAGGAUGACGAUGAAGAGGAAGACGAUGUGGAUGAGUUAAAAGUCUGUGAAGAAACUGAAACUGUAAAUCAACAUCCACGUCGUAUUAGUUGGCCCCAGACUCUAUACGAAUUCAUUCCAGAAACACAUUCAGAUGACCAUACUAACUCUAGUCAAACAAUGACAAAUAAUGGAGUUAAACCUUCUGUAACGGAUCCCUUACAAGCACCAUCGGAUACGAGUGGAAAUUCAGCUAUCCCUGUAACUGCAACACCCACAACACCAGUGAAAACUAAUGGUCAAAAUUAUUUUGCUUACUACAAUCCAUGGUACUCACUUACGUUAAUGAAUACUAUAAUUUUAACACUGGUCCUUGUUAUUUCAAUUGUCAAUUGGUUAUGGCGUGAAGAGAAACAGAAGAAGGCAGAAAGUUCCCCUUGAUCUAUCGGGAAUUCAAUUGAACAAGAUGAAUUUCCUUCACUUCACACUUCUUUGAAAAAAUAUCCACUUACAUAUAGCAGUAUACACACAAGGAAUACAGAAACCGUUGAAUACUCCUUCUAGUUUGCUUGCUGUUGUUGUUUUUUUUUCUUUCUUUUGCUUUUUGUUCUCAAGAAAUUAUUAAAACAGAUGCCAGAAGAUAUACGCAUAACAAUGUUGAUCAUUUCAAUACUUCAUUUCACUCACCUGUACUCAGUUAUUUUGUAGGUUACCUAUUAUUUGAUUAUUGUACAAGACAAGCUGAAAUGUAAAGAAUGUGAUAAUGAAAUCACAAUAUAAUUUUUCUUUUUUCAUGUUCCAGUUAAAGAAAAUAAAACACUCAUUGAUUAUUU